AUGUCUCCUACAGGCGCACCGGCUUUACCACCUCGUAAACUAUCACAAACAAAUCGCCCUCAAUCUGUCCAAUCAAUUGCAACUAGACUGAAAAAUCCAUCACUAGAACCCAGUUGCAUAGAAGAAGCAGAAUGGUAUUGGGGCGACAUAACCAGAGAUGAUGUACAAGAAAAACUUGCUGACAAGCCUGAUGGUACGUUUCUGGUUCGAAAUGCAUCAAAUAAGGCUGGAGAGUAUACUUUGACAUUAAGGAAAGGAGGAACCAAUAAAUUAAUAAAAAUAUAUCACAAAAAUGAAAAAUUUGGUUUUUCAGAACCUUACAAUUUUUCUUCUGUUAUUGAUCUUGUGAACCAUUACCGUAAAGUUUCUUUGUCGCAAUAUAAUGCAACAUUAGAUGUAAAGUUAUUGUACCCUGUGUCCAGAUUUCAACAAGAUGAAGAGUUUGGUACUUGGAAAAGUUUAAAUGUAGAUGUUGUAUGGAUGCGUUUGAUCGAACUGCUUAAAGAUAUUUUGAAGAAAUCUAUUUCAUAUGAAAAAUUGUCUAAAGAAUUUCAGACUGCAAUGGUCGAUAUAUCGUCAAUGCGUAUGGGACUGCAGCAGUACCAGGAAGUGAAUAGAAUGUUUGAAGAUCAGUUAAGAGUACAUGAUAAAUUUCUUAACGAAGCUGAACGCCAUGAAUCUGAUAAUCUAGUUAAAAAUAUUGAAAUAGUAAAGAGACGAAUUAAGUUACUGCUAGACAGCAAAGCGGUACUUGAGGAGAAAUUAGUCACACAAGUGGACUAUAGUCAAACAUUGGAGCGGCAAAUGUAUCAAUUAAAACAAGAAGGUGCAGUAGUCACACGUAAAAAAGAUAAAUCAGUUCGGUGGUUAUUAAACCAUGGUGUGGCUUAUGAAGCAAUUCAUCGAGUGUUGAACGGUACUGAUUGGAAUACUUGUAAGCCUGAAGAUAUUCAACUGCCUCAGAACCUCUCUCAUUUAGAUGAGGGUACUUGGCUGCUGCAACCCUGUUCACGUGUAGAUGCUGAGCGUCUGUUAAAUGGCAGGCGCAAUGGAACAUUUUUGAUACGACCUAGUCGUACAGGGCAAUCAGCAUUAUCUAUAGUUUGCAAUGGAGUUGUAAAUCAUUGUAUAGUGUACAGUACUCCAAAAGGAUUUGGAUUUGCUGAACCUUACAAUAUAUAUUCUUCUCUAAAAGAUCUAGUCAUGCAUUAUUCUCAAACUUCCUUAGAAGAACAUAAUGAUUCUCUGACAACUACAUUAGCUUACCCCGUGAUUGCUGAAAAUGACAAAAAAUUAAAUGAGUAG